AUGGACAAUAGUUCGAAAGAGAAGCAAAAGCGUCGUAAACGGGGGAAAAAAGAAACAACAAAAUCGUCCGGAGUGGACAAUGAUUCGUUUGAACUGGAAGAGACUGACGUGACACACGUUCGACCGGUGGAACAAGCGACCGAUGAGAACGCACAAACUGUGGAAAUUGUCAAACCAAAAAAGCGUUUAAAGAAUAAAACGACGCCAAGGACGCCAAGGAAGAGGAAAAACAUGAGAGACACUGAUUCCGCAGAUCAGACUGCAAUCUCCUCCGGACAAGAUCAAACGAAUAAUGCGCAGGUUGAAACAGAACAAACCAAUCAGGCUACCAGUAUCACUAUUCAUCGAUCUGAUGCGCUUCGUGUCGAUCCGCAUAUCGCAUACCUCAUGGUUCGAGUUCAUAUCAUGAAUGAACGAUCCGGGACCUAUGCGAAACGAUCAGUUGUGGACGAAGACUCAAGUGAAGCACACAUUCAACCGGUGAAGUCAAGAGCUGUGCGCACUGGACCCGGACAAUUUCUUCUGCCCAUAUGGGAACAAACUUUGGUCAUCCCGGAACCGUUUUCCAAAAUUGUGAGCAAUCGAUCCACGAUCCUCAACUGUGAAGUCGAACAACAAUUUGCUUCUGACGUGGAAAUCACCGGUCAUCCGUUAGAGCUCUUGGCCUGGGCGUUUCUGCGACCACUCGGUGCGGACGGACACGUGAACGCCGGCCCACGAAAACAACGCCUACAACUGUACGAACCAAUCACGAGCGGUUCAUGUGAUCCGCCCUGUUUACGAGCCAGUCUGAAGCGAAUGUGGCGAGCAAAACACCCGACCAAAGCGGCGCCGCCUCCGGUGGAUCCAGUCACCCGGGCCGGUUCGGAUUUGAUGACAUGUUGGCGAGCUGGUCAAAGUCACCGGAUCAAAUAUCCGUCCACAUUGUAUGUGUCAUUGAACAGUCUGGACAUAGACAACGCCUUAAAGUCACAAAUACUGACUCUAAAAUCCAUUGGUAUGGAAAAACAGAGUGUAACAGAUGUGGGAAGCGAAAGAGACACCGAAUUACCCAGAUCGUUAUCUUUUCCAAGCAAACACGCCAGUUUGCUCUAUUCACUUUGGAAACGUGAAUUGGAUCAGCCCUGUCGUGUACCGAAUCAGCUGAUCGGUUGUGGAAUUCCCUGGGCACUGGACGAGGUGGACGAAUUCCGAGGAGGGAAAUUAGCACUAGUCAGUUCUGGACCACGUGGGCCUCACGGAGGAGCACAGUGUUUACGCUUUGCACCGAACGGAUUGUGGCUCGCGUAUCCACUAAAAGCAAGGAUCACUUCUCCUUCGUUACAACUGACCGGUCAUACCCGUACCGUAUACGCUAUUGAAUGGGCUCCAUGUCCGGUGAUCAGUGAAUUGCCUCCGACCAAUACAGUAUCAGGUGACCACGAUUCAAUAUCUGUCGAGUCGUGGCCAUUGGCCUCGGCUUCAGGUGAUGGUACCGUUCGAGUGUGGUGGAUCUCACCGGGACUAUUGAAUGGCUCGCAACCUGGGUCCAAAAACCGCGCAGCUGCUCAUCCUGCUUCCAUGGUCGUGUCCAUAUCCGAGACAAGCGCGAUGCCUCGGACAACAACACCAGUUCCUAGUCACGGAUCAAUUCGUGCCGCAAUCACCUCACACAAAGGCGUGUUGUGCGCAGUUCUCGGUCAUCCAGGGUUUGUGUACAGUUUGGCAUUUCGACCGCUGGCCGGCGGCACUGCAUCCGUACGAGUUGCGGAUCCACUACGAGACCGAUUUGCACCACAGACAAGUCAUUUGUUAGCCACAGCUGGUUACGAUCGAUCUGUCCGAUUGUGGGAGAUAGGAUCUCGCAGGGUUGAGCUUUUGAUUGAACUGGGCAAUGCACACCAGGCCCAUAUCAACAGUGUAACAUUCGGUUCCAAACCGGAACACCUGUUUUCCGCAGACGCGAAGGGCAUCAUCUGUGUCUGGACGCCGGCCAGUUCGAAACGAACUACCACACAGUCGAACAAACUGAGUCGAUGGAAUUUGGCAAAACGUAUCAUGCAUGAAGAGUUCAAAGAUUGCAUCAUCAACCACAUUGAGGCUCAUCCGACGCAACCGUUACUACUCGUGCACACACGAGACAGCAAUCUAAUAAUGAUUGACCUAAGAUCUGAAUUUGUCGCGGUCCGUUUCCAUGGCAGUGUGAACUAUCACGAACUGAUUCGUAGCUGUAUUUCUCCUUGUGGCACAUUCGUGUUUUCCGGGUCAGAGGAUCGAAAUUUGUACGUGUGGAAUGCCCUGACAGGUGAUCAAGUCGCUUGUUAUCGUCAUUUACAACUUCGCGGUCCGAUUACUGCAAUCAGCUAUCACCCGACAGACAAUGUGUUCGCGUUCACAGUUCAGGACGCCGAAGAUGCACCGCUUCGCGUGUAUGCGUACGACUCCAAAGCAACUGCAUUGGAUUUAUCCGUGCCUCAAACUGAACAUCAACCAACGCAUGAGAACAGAAAGCUUAGCGCGGAAAAACAGCGUUUGGAACACUUGUGCACAGUCAAGCAAAAAUGGAAACGUGAGCGGAUCAAAGUCGCAUUCGCCAAACUUGACAGUGUCUUGGAAUGGCGUCCAACAUUCACCGCAAUCGAUGAGAAAGUCCCACCUAGAUUUUCCACACGAGGGUGUCCGGAUGGAGAAGCCAAAUCCCUUGAUCAUUCCGAUCCUUCAAAAUAUUUGGAUCCCUUAUCUGCUGCUGCUACCGCCGCUUCCGCCUCCGUCAGCCAGUCCAUCCCGCAACCUCAACAAGCGGUAGCUAUGUACGAUUAUCGGGCCGAACGAUCGGACGAGUUGACCCUGCGACGAGGGGAUCGAUUGCAUUUGUUGUAUCGGGAUACACCGAAAUGGUGGAUGGCCAGAGAUAUGACGUCUGGCCCAGCUACCAGAUCCCUUAUUCGAGAGCAGAGCACAUCAGAAUGCCCGACCGAACGUGCCAAAACUUCGGUGGAAAAAUCACGUCUAUCCGCCCAACGAGUUGCCGAAUUGAUGAACCAGUCCGUGAAACGUGGCAGUCUUCAACCCCCAACUAUUCGUGUCGAGGAGUGCGACAUUACGUUAUCGAAUAACAGAGGUUCACGACGCCUGAGUGGAUCGAAUGGAACGCCAAGUCCUUCAAAUCUGAUUAUGCUCAGUCCCAGACCAACCCAAUCAGAAACCGGAAUGACACGUCGUCGUGGUUCGAGACCACUGCCACUUGGGAAAGAUUUGGAUGAACCGAAUUCUGUCUCGAAUGUCAGCAAAUCUCGGACUCAAGACACUGGGGUGAAUCGAGGAUCGCCCCAGAUAUUUUUGGUUUUGCUAACACCUCCGGGAAACGUCUUUGAUCUGUUUACUGCUAUGAUGGUAAAGAAGCGCGUUCAUUGGUCCCGUGCACUAUCCUGUUCCACUCGAGUUGGAGAUUGUGACGACGCUUGA